AUGAGUAUCAACCUCAAAACUCAAAUCAGGACGAAGUCCCACAGUCAAACUCACUCGGUUACUAGAAGGCAACCCAUUCUUCAGUGCACUUACCGGUUCGACUCAACCAAUGCCAUUGCUAGUGCAGCUAGCAUGGUGAACUUUAAUACUGCUGAUACCAUCAACAAAAGCCGAGCUGACUGGCAAAGCUCGUUCGCCAUCUUAGCAAGCACAGUGGUGUCGAAACAACAACAAAUCAUAAAAUCCGACCACAUCACUGUCGUGAACGACCACAAAACCCUAGAUCAUAUGCCAAUCGAGAACAACUUAUCCAACCCUCGAACCUUCGUCGACCUCUCUCCAAUUCCCAAGCACAGGUUGCAGCUUCGUGUCGCCUACCAAGGUGUUUCUGGCGCAUAUAGUGAAGCCGCUGCUAGGAAAGCUUAUCCCAAGUGCGAAGCUAUAACUUGUGACCAAUUCGAAGAUGCAUUCAAAGCAGUAGAGCUCUGGAUCGCGGACCUUGCUGUUCUCCCCAUUGAAAACUCUGUCGGCGGUAGCAUCCAUCGCAACUACGAUCUCCUCCUCCACAUCCACAUGGUUGGCGAAAUCCAAAUACCGGUUCAUCAUUGCCUUUUAGCUAUGUCACAUGUUCGAAAAGAAGAUUUAAACCGAGUAAUAAGCCAUCCACAAGCAUUAUCUCAAUGUGAACAUACUCUAACCAAGCUUGGCCUUAAUGUUGAUCGCGUAGCAGUUGAUCGGACAGCUAAUGCAGCCAAAUUCAUAGCAACAAAUAAUCUAGGUGACACAGCAGCGAUUGCAUCUGCAUAUGCUGCCAAGUUGUAUGGACUUCAAAUCUUGGAGAACGGGAUACAAGAUGAAUGCAACAAUGUCACAAGGUUCGUGAUACUGGCUCGUGAGCCGAUAAGCGCCCUAACAGACAGGCCAUUCAAGACUAGUAUAGUGUUUGCUCAUGAUAAGGGUACCAGUGUGCUCUUCAAGGUGUUGUCUGCAUUUGCCUUUAGGAAUAUAAGCUUGACCAAGAUCGAGUCUCGACCAUAUCAAAACAAGUCGUUGAGAUUCGAUGAUGAGGACUUGGGGAUGACAAAGCACUUUGAGUAUUUGUUUUAUGUGGACUUUGAGGCAUCCAUGGCAGAAGUUAGAGCUCAGAAUGCUUUGGUAGAUGUUCAGGAGUACACAUCUUUCUUGAGGGUGCUGGGAAGCUACCCCAUGGACAUGACUCCUUGGUGCCCCUCUAGAGGGGAUUAG